UAGAUCCUCGGUGAAUCAAGAGUAUGGCUUCUGGUGCAUCUUCUUUGGAUAGUGCUGGAAGUAGUGAUGGAGCACUCAAUAUGGAAAGAGAUAGUGGAGGCUAUGGCAGUGUUGGAAGUCCUGUUGGUGGCCCUGAAUGUCGUAGUGAUUAUGACGGUUUGCAAGCUCAAUGUGAUCAAGCCAUGCAUCAGCUUCAGCUACUCAGACAUAAGCACUCUGAUACUAUAAGACGGUGUGAACAUACUAUGAAGGAAUUGGAAUACUAUAGAGGACAACAUAUAGCAGUUAUGAAUCAGUUGGAGGCAACAUCACAGGAGAGCUCUGCUUUGCGGGGCAAAUAUGGAGAUCUUGUGAACGACAAGCAGCGUCUGGACCGCGAAGUUCAGGCUCUGCAGAAAGAAGUGUCCGAAUUACGGUGUCAGAAUCAAGAAGUUCUUGUUUCUGAUGCUAGUAACAGCGACACUAUGAAUCAGCACUAUUUAUCUGCACUUAGAAAAUAUGAAGCCAUUAAAGACGAGUAUGAUACCCUUAGGAAACGGUACGAUGAUUUAAUAUCAUCGCAUUCGUCGGCCGUUAAUAAGUUGGAACUAUCUCAAGAGGAAGCUGCCAGGUUGAAGAAACAAUAUGAUGAUAUUGUUCAAGAGCGCAACAGUGCGGUUCGUGAACGCAAUGGUUUAAAACAGCAGUGCACUGCCGCAAUUAGGCAAUGGGACAUUGCAUUAAGGGAAAGAAACGAAUAUCGCGAAGCCCUAGCCAAAGUACAGCAACAACAUGAAGAAGCAGUGAAGGAAAUUAAUCAUGCAAUGGUAUUACGUAUGAAGGCUAGUAAGGAUAUGAAACGACUAACAGAAGAAAGAAAUGCAGCAUUACAAGAAUACAGUUUGAUUAUGGGUGAACGAGAUACGGUACACAAGGAGAUGGAAAAACUUGGUGACGAUCUCACACAAGCAUACACGAAAAUCACACACUUAGAAAAUCAGAAUAAGCAAUUUAUGGAAGAGAAAAAAGCUUUAUCUUAUCAAAUUGAAACUUUAAGAAGAGAAAUUUCAUCCGCUUUGCAAGAUCGGGACGAGGCUUUAAAACAAUGUAACGAGCUACGUCAAAAGUUUGGUGAUUAUUCCGAAGGUUCCAACAGGGAUUAUAAAAAUCGUAUGGAAUUACACUCGUAUAACCGUGAACGAGAUAAUUCGAACAAAGAAGCUGAAAGAGAAGACAGCACGGCAGAUUACACUAAACGAGAUAAGGAGCGUAUGGAUAACUUGGAUCAAGCGAAUUUGGAGCUGGACAAACUUCGAAAAUCUGUCGAUAAAUUACAAACGGAACUCGAGGAAGCUCUUCAAGAGGCAGAAGUGUCGAAACGAAGAAGGGAUUGGGCUUUCAGCGAAAGAGAUAAAAUAGUCUUAGAGAGAGAAAGUAUUAGAACUCUUUGUGAUAGAUUAAGAAAAGAACGUGAUCGUGCGGUGUCCGAGUUAGCAGGUGCUUUACGUGAUUCUGACGAUAUUAAAAAACAACGGAACGAAGCAUCGAAGGAAUUGAAAGAUCUUAAAGAGAAAAUAGAAUCUGGUAAUCACGCGUUAAGGGCAAGUCAAUUUGCGCAAAGUUUAACGCAUGCACAUGAUUCGGCGAUCGAUACUGAUGUUAGUGAUUGGGAAAUUCUUACUAUUCAUCUGGAUCUUAGUCGACUUUGUUUGGAUUCUGAUCGUGAUUUGGGUUUGACUUUGGUUGGAGGUCGUGACAGUCCGUAUUAUCCAAACGAUACAGGAAUUUACGUUGCUCAAAUAAUAUCAGGAACUGCUGUUGAUGGAAAAUUAAGAGUGAACGAUUGUAUUGUGCGAGUUAAUAAUGUAGAUUGCACGUCUGUUUCAACGCGUGUAAUUGUGGAAACUUUACGUACCUGUUCAGUGGGAUCAGCUACAUUGACGGUAAGAAGACGACGUUUGACUAGAAGAUCGUUAAGAACAACCCAAUUACCUGUCGGUUCAGUUCCUCAUGGUAUUUCUUUGGAACUUGGAGUGUAUAUUUCGAAGAUUUCUCCCGGCAGUUUAGCUGCUAAAGAUGGCAACCUCGCUGUUGGAGAUAGAGUUUUAAAU